AUGGACUACGUGACACAUCUCAAUCAGAAGAACCCGUCAUUAGCGACAACUUCGAGGUAUAACCUUCGUUAUACUCAUCCUGUGAAGUACUAUGAUUUCCAUGUUUAUUAUUUUGCACAUAAUCAGAAAUCUUUUCAAGAGUCGGAAAAAUUGAGACAGAAAUUACUAGACGAUUUCCCUGAUGCAUGUUCUGAUGGGUCUAUACUUGUAAAGAAACUACCACUGGACAAAAUUAUUGGACCACAUCCUACGCAAUUUUGGGAAGCCGAUGUGUUACGGCCGGAGGUGUUUAUACAAGUAUUGAGCUGGUUUCAAUUAAAUCAUGGUAAUUUGUCAGUAUUGAUACAUCCCCAAACCGGUGAUGAUAUUGAGGAUCAUUUCAAUCGGGCAUUGUGGUUAGGCGAUAAACUACCUUUACUAAAUAUUUUUCCAGCUAGUGAUGGAAGAAUUCCCGAGUUUGGUGUUAAGAAUGGGAAAAGAAUUAAAACAAACGAGUUUGAUGAUUACAAAACUAUGGCUCGAUUAUCGUCACAGGGUAACAAUGCAAUCAUUUAUCUAUCUUAUGCAUUCAUGUUAGCUACUGGAUUAUAUUUAGCUUGGAAGUUCGCCUCAAAGUCCCUGUUCCUUUCAUCGAACGGAACUCAACGUGGUAUUCCAUUAGCUUUGAAUUUUAUUGCUUCAGCUAUGGGGGUUGGAAUAUUUGCUACUUAUGCUGAAAUUGCAAACAUCUCUGGAUUGCACGGAUUGUUGGUAUAUACUCUAUGUGGAUCGAUUCCGAUAAUUGGCUUUGCUGUUUUUGGUCCUAUUAUCCGUGAAAAGUGUCCCGAUGGGUUUAUAUUGACAGAAUGGGUGAGACAUAGAUUUGGGAUAAUUACAGCUUUGUAUUUGUCGUUUUUCACUUGUUUAACAAUGUUUUUAUUCAUGAUUGGAGAAUUGUCAGCAGUAAGAGGUGCUAUUGAGACUUUGACUGGGUUGAAUGCUCUUGGAGCUGUUAUUGUUGAGUGUGCUGUUACUACCAUUUAUACUUUUUUCGGUGGCUUUAGAGUUAGUUUCAUUACUGAUAAUUUCCAAGGUGCUUGUGUCUUGAUCUUGGUGAUUAUUUGUGCUUGUGGGUUUGGAUCGUAUAUUGAAAUCGAUACGUCAAAAGUUGGUCCUCUGGGAUUAUUGAAAGGUAAUAAAUUGGGCUGGCAGUUGAUCUAUAUUUUAUUCGUUGCUAUUGUUACUAAUGAUUGCUUUAUGUCCGGGUUCUGGUUGAGAACUUUUGCAAGUAAGACAAACAAGGAUUUGUGGAUUGGAUGUGGAAUUGCCAGUUUUGUUACAUUCAUUAUCACGACAUUGAUUGGUACAUCCGGAUUCUUGGCUGUUUGGUCGGGUGAUUUAACAGUAGGCGAUGAACAGUCAUAUAAUGCAUUUUUUAUCUUAUUGGUUAAAAUGCCAAGAUGGUUAGUUGCAUUUGUGUUGAUCUUUUGUAUUGUUUUAUCAACGUGCACUUUUGACUCAUUGCAAUCAGCAAUGGUUUCAACUAUAUCCAAUGAUGUUUUCAGGAACAAAUUACAUAUAAACUGGACUAGAGGUUUGGUUAUUUUGAUUUGUAUUCCAAUUGUUGCUUUGGCUGUGACAGUAGCCAAUAACGUCUUACAAAUCUAUUUAAUUGCUGAUUUGGUUAGUGCUGCAAUCAUCCCUGCUGUGUUUUUAGGGUUGAGCAACAAAUAUUUCUGGUAUUUGACUGGCUUUGACGUUAUGUGUGGUGGUUUAGGCGCAUUACUUGGAGUCUUCAUCUUUGGUACUGUCUACUACCAUUCAGCUAGAGAAGGUGGUAAAUUAUUAUUAGUUUGGAACGGUAUUUAUGAUCCCGAAGAUUGGGGCGCGUUUGGUGCCUUUGUUGUUGCACCGGUUGGAGGAGUGGUGAUUACCAUGAUUGUAGUCGGUGCAAGAAUCUUUGGUCUAUAUAUAUGGUCCAAACUUACUGGUGCCCCAUUCACUGCAUUAGAGAAAUUAGAAGAAGUUUUAUAUGUCGAAGACCAUAAUUCAGUCGUCGACCUGGGCGACGAUAACAAGAAAGCUGCUGUUUCUGAUGAUACUCAAAUAGACUCGUUUGACUAUAGUCGCGAAGUGGAUAUCGAUAGAAAGAUGCUUUUAUCAGGAGGGACGAUUUUUGGUUUUGCAGCUUUAAAGCCAGUAUUGAUUCAUUCUGGAAUAUAUGAAUCCAAAUGUGAUAUUCGCGAUAAGUUAAAUAAUGACUCCAAUGGUGUUGCCAAGUGUAUUGAGCAAGAUUUGAAAUUGAAUAUGUUGUUCACUGUUGGUGCUGUGUUGACCAAUAUUUUUGCAUUACCCGUGGGGAAAAUCUUGGAUGCUUAUGGACCUCAAAUAAGCGGACUCGUUGGUGCUUGCUUUUUGUACUUGGCUUGCUUUGCAUUCAUAUUUGCUGAUGGGUUAAUUCAAUUGAGCCAUAAUUGGGGUCACUUGGUUGAUCCUUAUAUGUUGGGUUAUUGUUGUUUAGCAUUGGGUGGACCAUUUGUAUUCAUAUCUAGUUUCCACUUGUCGAACGCAUUCCCAACGUAUAGUGGUACAAUAUUGGCCUUAAUAACAGGUGCAUUUGACUCCUCGAGUAUUGUGUUUUUGUUCUACAGGUGGGGAGAGUCAUACCAAACGUCAAAUGCACUUGCACUUUGUGUUGAUGGUGAUGAUGACAAUUCAAGGUAUGCGCAGUCCCUGCUUGACACAGAAGAUGCUGAAACUACGCCCAAUAUGAGCGAUGGAGAACAACAACAACAACAACAACAACAAGAAGAAGAAGAAGAAGAAGAAGAAGAAGAAGAAGAAGAGCUGUUCCACGUACCACAAGACUUGAGACGUCGUGAUUCCGUUGGAGAUGCUUUGAAACAACCAUAUACAAAUGAAGGUGAUAAACUUUAUCUAGUUGAACAUAGUGGUGGUAUUUUUGGGAUAUUACAUGGCUAUUCGGCACAAUAUCAAAUUCAAACUUGUUGGUUUGUUUUGAUUUGCUUAUUCAGUACAGUGCAAAUGUUGAGAAUAAAUUAUUUUGUCACCACCAUUGAUAGUCAGUACCAAUUCAUCUUUGGAUCUCACUAUCUCGCCAAAUCUCUCAACAAAUUUUUCGACUUGGCUUUGCCCUUGGGUGGAAUUAUUAGUAUUCCUUUUAUUGGACUUUUAUUGGACAAGUUUUCAACAGUUUCAGUCAUGAUUGUGUUAUUGACCAUCUCUGUGUUGGUUGGAAUCUUGGGUCUAUUUUCAAACUAUGUUUUGGCUGUUGCUGGAGUUUGCUUAUUUGUUGGAUACAGAUCGUUUUUCUAUACUGCAAUUUCCGAUAUUUGUGCAAAAGUGUUUGGAUUUGACACUUUUGGAACUGUUUACGGAUUGUUGAUGUGUAUCUGUGGUGUUCUCAAUAGCGGUCAGGGAAUUCUUGAUGAAUUGACUCAUACAGUCUUCAAAAUGAAUCCGUAUCCUGUUAAUAUACUGCUAGUUUCAGUGACAGCCAUAGUCGGACUAGUUACUCUGGUUUUUGAAAAAGGUCAAGUAAAUGGUUUGAACGGUAUUCAGUUAUUUUGUUUGAUAUUAUCACUUUUACCAUUGACAAUUGCUUCGACUGGGGACAGAUUACCUGAAUUUCAAACAUGUUUAGCUGAUUGCAAAUGUGAUGAGAUUCCCUGGAAAUUAAAGAGUAGCUUGUGGUCGUGUUCAUCAAACUGUAAUUACUUUUGUCAGCAAACAGUGACUGAUAUACGACAAGCUGAACGAUUACGUAUGGUUCAAUUUUAUGGGAAAUGGCCAUUUCGACAAGUUUGGGGAGUGCAAGAGAUAUUUUCUAGUAUGUUUAGUUUGGGCAAUUUUUAUGUUAAUUGGGUCAACUUUUGGAAGAUAUACAAACAGUAUAAAAAGAACCAGGCUUUUGGACAUAAGCUUAUGUAUAGACAAUAUUUGAUUUUAUUACUUGUUAGUUGCUGCGGUUGGAGUUUUAGUGUGAUUUUCCAUAUCAAGGAUACUUCAUUUACUGAAAUUUUGGAUUAUUUUGGUGCUUUUGCUAUAAUAUUGUCGAAUUUGAAUGUUAUAGUAGUGAGAUAUUUUGGACUUUAUUUUGUCAACAAUAUGUGGAAAUUGAAGGUUUUCCAUUUGGCAUUGGUUAUGUUAUAUUUGUAUCAUGUGAUUCGACUAUAUCGUAGUUGGGACUAUGAGUACAAUAUGAAGAUCAAUAUGAUUGUUGGCUUAUCUGCCAUGGUACUAUGGAUAGUUCAUUCACUUCAAGUGGCGAGGAUUUUCCGAGAUAGUUUUAUAAAGUAUCACAACUCUGUCUUGUAUUUGCACUACGAGACAAAGAUAUUAUGGAAGAUGGGUUAUAUAUUUAUAUCGGAUGUGCGGCUAAUUCCAUAUAUACCCAUAGUCAACAAUUGUGUAUUAUUAUGUGGGAUAAUGUUGGAGUUGAAUGAUUUUGAACCGUGGUUUCGGUUAGUGGAUGCGCAUUCGUUAUGGCACCUUUUAACAAUAGUGCCUAAUUUAAUUUGGUUUGACUGGAAUAUCUGGGAUAUUGAAUUGUCAAAAAUCAUAGAAAAGAGAUAA